UUUGCUCUCUACUGCCCAUUUCAGUGAACAAUUUCUUUCUCUCUAUUUCAACACUUACAGUUCCAUAUCCACAUAUCUGUAACGUCAGAUGGAGCUAUGUAAGUUUUCCACUUCUUCAAAUGCUCGGCAGGAUAAAAGAAAGCCAGGAAACGUAUUUGAUGAAAUUACACCGCAAGCAUCUUCAUCAUCGUCAACAGUUAUGAAGAAGGGGCCAUGGGAUGUGUUUAUUAAUCAUCGCGGUUGUGAUACUAAACACAAAUUAGCCAGCACUAUCUAUCAUACACUUGAUCUGGUUAGAUUGAGGGCUUUUCUAGAAGUUGAAGAGCUGGAGUUGGGAGAUUCCAUACCAGAUGAAAUACAGGAGGCAAUGUCCAGUGCUGGACUUCAUAUUGCCAUUUUUUCACAGAAGUAUGCCGAAUCUCCUUGGUGUCUGGCCGAGCUAUCCUUUAUGCUCAAAACUGGCACUCCAAUUAUCCCUGUAUUCUAUCAUAUUAAGCCCGAUGAUCUCCGAUGGGUGGGAAAAGGGAAAGGAUGUUACGCUCCUGCGUUUUCCGAUCACAAAAAGAAGCGGAGGUACUCCUCAAAGACGUUGAGUGAGUGGAAAACGGCACUGGAGAGAGUAUCAAAUCUUUCUGGCCACGUGCUCAACAGCAAUAAUGACGACGAAGGGAAGCUUCUGAAGAGCAUAGUGAAUUCUGUUUUGGCAAAAAUGAAAAGGGUGCCUUUGGAUGUUGCCAAACAUCCAGUUGCAGUGGAUGAAAUCGUACAAGACUUUGAAAGAACUCGAGGAAAAUCUAUUCAGAGUGAAGAGCAUGCACAAAUUGUGGGAAUAGUAGGGUUUGGCGGCUCCGGUAAAACUACACUCGCAACAGAGAUUUACAACAGGAGAAGCUCUUCCUUCCCUCGCUCCAGUUUUCUGCAUGACGUGCGAGAUGCCGCACCCAGAAAUGUUUUGCAUACCAAGCAGAAGAAACUACUGGAAGACCUCCGUGUUCAAACUGCACCAUUUGACAACGUGAAGGAAGGCAAGGCAAUUGUAACAGACCGUUUGAAAAGUCUUUGCAUGCUUAUAGUUUUGGAUGAUGUAGAUCACGAGGACCAACUCGAUGGUCUGUUGCCCCCAAAGGAGAGCAUUGGAUCAGGUAGUCUGGUCAUUGUUACAACACGAGAAGGGGAUGUACUUACAAAGUGGGCCAUCACAUCCGUUUACAAAAUGCAACCGCUACAACAUCUUCAUGCCAGGCAGCUGUUCUGUUGGCAUGCCUUCUUACAGCCUCUCCCACAAGAAGGCUUUGAAGAUUUAGUUGAAAAUUGCAUAGCUGUUUGCAAUGGGUUGCCUUUGUCUUUGAAAGUCAUUGGAGCACAGCUUUACGGUAAAACAUCUAGAGAUUAUUGGGUCUCUCAGGUAGGUAAGAUCCAGAGAAUAUUGCCCAAGGAAAUUAUGCAGAGGCUGAAAGUAAGUUACGAUGCCCUCGAUAGAGAUGAACAAGAAAUAUUCCUGGAUAUUGCAUGUUUCUUUAUCGGUAAAAGGAGGAGUUCGGCAAUUGCGGUAUGGGAUGGAUCCGGCUGGAGCGGUCUAUGUAGUUGGGAAACGCUUCACAACAAGUGCCUUGUUGAGGUGGACCAGAAAGAGCGUAUAAGAAUGCAUGAUCAUCUCAGAGAUUUGGGAAGGGACAUUGCAACGACACACUCACCCUCGCGAUUCUGGUCAGAGGGACAGAGUAUGCACACUCAGGGAGGAAUGUCGAUUCGGGGGAUAAAGGCCGCCAUAAGCCAAAACUAUGAGCUACCUGUCUGCCCACCGCCUUUUAGGGAGUACAUGGAGAUGAUGCGAAUCUCAAAUGUUAGGGUUGGAUUAAAACUUCUUCUCAUUAAAUGUAAUGCUUUUAGUCAACAAUGUCAGCAGCUAUCGAGAGGACUUUUGUGGCUUCGAUGCUAUAACUUUGAGCACAAAUAUAUCCCAUCGUGGCUCUCCCUCGAAAACAUUAGAGUUCUAGAGCUUAUUUCUCCAGAGAGCUUAGAAACGUUGUGGGAGAAAGCAAAUCCUCCUUUGCAAUUGAGGGAACUGUUAAUUAAAUAUGCUUCCCUCCUUCAAAGUCUUCCGAGGUCAAUAGGCCAUCUCAAGCAUUUGAAAAGACUAUUCUUGAUUGGUAGCGGUACAAUACCACUAUCAAGCCUGCCAGAAGAGUUUUGUCUACUUCAUUCGCUGGAGUAUCUGAGCUUUGAAGGAUGCGCGUCACUGUCAAGACUACCUACCCGUUUUGGGGAUUUGGUAAAUCUGCGACAUCUAAGUUUGUGUUUUUGUAGGAGUUUAGAGAUGUUACCUGUGUCUUUUAAGCAACUUAUACACCUCGAAUAUCUCAAUUUAAGUUAUUGUACAAAACUCAACUUAGAGUCAGAUAUUCUAGAAAAUAUAACCAAACUUGAGGUUUUAGAUGUUUCACAUUGCUAUAAAUUAGAAAAAUUGCCCCACAAUAUUACAAAACAGGCAUUUUUGAGAAAGCUAGAUUUUAGUAAUACGAAAAGCUUAAUAGAAUUACCAGUUUACAUUGGUCAACUAACCAAAUUGGAUGGGCUCAAAAUUGUUGAGUGUCCAUUGUUGACAAGGUUACCAACUUCUUUCGGAAACUUGUCCUGCUUGGCCACUCUUACACUUGAAAGUUGCCCAGAGUUAUAUGAGAUUCCUAGUUUGACAAAAUUAAUUUCCUUAAAUAAUCUUGUUCUCGUAGAUUGUCGUAAAAUAGAAAAAGUAGAAAUUAGACACCUGUCUAGCCUUCAGACUUUGAUGAUAGUAAAUUGUCCAGAGCUAAAUGAAAUGUUGAGUUUAGUAGGAUUAGUUUCCUUAAAUAAUCUUGAAAUCAAAGAUUGCCCUACGAUAGAAAAAAUAGAAGUUAGACAAUUGUCUAGCCUCCAGACUUUGACGAUAGAGAGAUGUCCAGCAAUAUGUGACAUGCCGACUUUGGCAGAAUUAGUUUCCCUAAAGAAUCUUCGCAUCAUAGGUUGCCCUAAAAUAAAGAAAAUAGAAGGUUUAGAGGAUUUGGCAUCACUGGAAAAGUUGGUUGUAUGGACAUGCUGGAUGGUACCUGGUAUACAUAGUUUGCGGGGCACAAAAAGUCUGGGGAUCCUGACUCUGACAGUGGACAACAUAUCAGCUUCUUAGACUUGCAUUCAAAGCAUACAAACAGAGAAAUGGCCGCGGGAAAUGACUAUAUGUGGAAGGAUCUUUCCUACUAUUCUGUCAAUUUUGGAUUCGUUCACUUUUCCUGGCUCUGUCAUAGUUAGCUCAUUGGUUGAGAAUCAAACAAAAUACUUCUAUAAGGCUUUGGUACGAUGGAGUUUAACAUGCUGCGAGACAAGUUUGUCCGAUGCGGCUAUGGUAUGGUAUCUUGUUCGUUCUCCUGGGGAACGAUGUAUUGAGGUAGAUAUAAAAGAAGGAGAAAGUACCUGCGUAGAGUUGAGUGAGGGAGAAUGGAUAGUGAUAAGUAUCUUCACAGAAGUUGCCCCCCUUGUUACAGAUGAAGGGCGCUUCCUUAAAGCAUCGAUAUAUGAAUCCCAGCCUGAUAAAGUAUACGAUGGAAGGUUAAUAGUUGGAGAGAGAGGCAAUGUUGUUGAAGGUUUUAAGCAACUCUUCCAAAAUCUUUGCAAGGCUACAUCUAUUGGUUAGUUGAUAUUAUUUUUAUUAAUCUGCAAUUAGUGUUGUAUUC